AUGUCGGACACCAAGAGGGACCCCAUGGUACCCGAGCUGGGCCUCUGGGAACGAGCUGAUGUUCAGCUUGGUAAGGUCACCAUACUCGCAAAUGUUCUUUAUGCUGCCAUCACUGGCGUAUUCCGGGGCAAGAGUAGUCCGAAGUUCUACUCGAGUCAUCUACUGGCCACCGCGAUUCGGACAAUGGUCGACCGGCUCUCAGUUCGCCAGAGCCAAUACAUGAAUGCCCCGACACCAGCAACAUACAAGGCCGUGAUGGAGAAACGAGGCCUACAGCCUGAGAUUGUUCCUCUACCCCAUGACACCGAGGGAUACUGGCUAGGAAACAAAGACGCAAAUAAUGUCUUGGUCUUUUUUCAUGGAGGCGGUUUCACGCUGGCCGCCACACCGGCGCAUUUUGAAUUCUGGCUGGAUCUAUUGAAGGUUGCCAAUGAGAACGGUCAUGAUAUUGCUGUCUUCUUCCCUCGAUACACACAGAGCCCAUAUGGUACUUACCCAACCCAACUGCGUCAAGCAACCGGGGCCUUGCGUUACAUCCUCAAUGAGACCGGUCGAUCCCCCGCCAACGUUGUCGUGGGCGGCGAUUCCGCAGGAGGUAAUCUGGCUAUGGCUGUUCUACUGCAUCUUUCUCACCCGCACCCGGAAAUCGAUCCCAUCUCACUAUCUACUCCGCUGGCCGGUGUGUUUGGCCUCGCGCCCUGGGUUAACUUCACUACCGACUGGCCUUCCUUCAAAGACAAUGCGUACAAGGACCUCAUCACUGAGCGGGCACUGAGCGAAUGGUCUGAGUCUUACAAUCCUGGAAAGGAAAAUGAUGCUUGGAGUGAGCCUGACCGGGCCCCUGCUGAAUGGUGGGCGGAUGCGAAGACAGAGCGCAUCUUACUUCUUGCAGGAUCGGAUGAGCUUUUGCUAUCCCCUAUCGAGUCCUUUGCGAAGAAGGUUAAGUCUGUCUUCCCAAACACUACUUAUAUUGUUGGUAGCGAUGAGGCUCACGACAUUAUAUUUUAUGGUAACCCUGGACCUGAGGGGGGUACAAACUGGCAACGAGCUCCGGCAGUGGCUUUUGUCUCGUCUGUAGACGUGGUGAACUACAUGUUCAAGUUGUUUUAG